AUGAAGUUGUCCAAGGUUGCGCUGCGAGUGCGGGAGAAGUCCAACAGCAGCGAGGACAAACAGAUGUUGGCUUACUGGUUGGCUUCCCGUCGUUGUUUCUCAGAACAUGCUGUUGUUGGGUGCGCCUUCGAUGCCAGCCGCUGCGGUGGAAAGAACUACCUCUUCGGAUUCGGGACUUGCCCGGACGGAGUGGGUGCUUUCCUGCCACCACAGGAGACGCGUGACUUGCUGACGCCUGUGACCGUGCAAGUGUUGGACCGUCCGGACCCAGACUACGUGCAGCUGCGGCAGGCCAAGAGGGACUGGGCAACUGCAGCUGCGGAGUGGUGCAAAGCCCAAACAGGCAAAGCAGCUGUAGAGAAAGCAAAGCCGCAGCAACUCUACCGCAAGAAGGCAUACGAGUGGCUCUUAGCUUCCAACCAUGCGUUGGAAACCAUGUUUGCACAAGGUUGGCGCAGUUUCCAGAUCCCGGAAGACUGUUCCAGGAGCCCUGAGUCAUGGCCUUGCAUCACAUGCGCACUGGACCAGGGAUCUGACGGUUUUUGCGCGGUCCACUUUUUGGAGCACAUGCACGUGAACAUCAUGGUAGUCAACGAUGCUUCCCACAGAGUCUGGAACGAUGCUCAGUUAGCAUUGAAGGACUCAGGUUGCUGGAGUCUUUGCAUGAUAGGGCUGGUGUUGCUGAACCUGGACCAUGGGCCCUGGGAAGGUGCGAAAUGGCACAGCGAGUCCCAGCAAGCAGCUUUGGAGUACAACCGCUUGGCAAGUACUGAGUGCCCACUUUUCCAGGCACACUUACCGCGCAUCUGUGUUGAGACCGGUCGGCCGCUGCAGGAUGCUAACCCGGAGGUGGCGGCAGAAAUUUGGGAAAGCCUGCCAGAUGCGGUACAAAAGAAGAUGCCUCACGUGGGCUUCAGCCGAUGGUUCGCUUUCUUCGACUCGAUGGAGGUUUUGACAAGGUUGUGGAGCCAGCGCUUGUUGUUCUACGAGUACAUCUGUCUGCAACUGGGCACUCCGGUGGGCAGCAAGAAAGAGAAAGUGGUGGUUGCUUUGGAGCGACGGAGCGAGGACGAGGACGUGCGCAAGAGCACCACCAAGAACGACCAGGCCGAAGUGCGGAAGGCACGCUCUGCGUGCAAAAACACUUUGGAGUUCGCGGCACUUGUGAUGACGGACAGGUGCUUCUGGAUGGUUUGUCGAGGUCUGUGCUCGUUGUCCGCAUUCGUGCGCGACUGGCACAGUGAACAGAAUAAGCGCAACAGGAGCUGCGAAGAAUCCGUCUCUUGGAUGCUUGGCAUGGCCAGCGGUGAAGGUGCAGACAGUUGCAAGGAGACGCUGAAGCAGCUGCAGAGCGAGGCAUUUCUGGAAGAGCUAGGCAUGCCAACCACAGCUUUGCCACCUGGCAUCAGGAUUCUGGAUGCUGAGCAUCCAUUGGUGGUGGAAGAACGGGAAGUGGUCGGGAAGCUAGCAGACUACGCUUUGUCCUUGUGCAAGAGGCGGUUGCGGUCCCUCGGGUGGCACUCCGAGACAUAUCCUGGCAUGUUUGCGCUGUUGCUUUCCAAGGACGAAGGGCUGCUCAAAUAUGCUCUGGCCACCAUGAAAGACGACUGGGAUUGCUGGGAGCGUCUUCGGCUCGAGUCAGGCCCUUUUUGGAAGAAGCUGCAGGAAAGAUCCCCAUUCCGGUGCGUCCACACACAGCAGAUUUUUCGUCUGCUGCGGGCCAGUGCAUGGGAAGCAAGCGACGUCGUUCGUGAUGUCGUGGAGAAGCACUUUGCCGCAAUCACCCAGACGAAGGUUGUGGAAGAUUCUGUGCGACUGGCCCGUGUUGCCGAGACCAACAAAGGCAUGAGCAAAAAAAUCGGGCCAGCAACUGUAUGGCAGGAAUUGUCGUCGAGCAAGCUCGGUUCCAAAACGCACCGCUUCACUGCGCCAGCCUGGCAGACGGAAGUGGUGCCGACCGGCCUCAACACGAGCUCGAGCAGCGGACUGUUUCAUCCGGUGCCCCGUGAGACAUGGGAAGAGCUGCGCAAGGUUGUGUCCACGAGACGGACAGCCCCGUGGUACAGUCCAAGCCCCCUAGCUUCCAUGGCUCCAGCAGAGGACCUGGCUUUACUUCGGCACUGCAAGCAACAGGACUGUUGGGCUGCAGCUAAGAACAGCUGGUGCAGCUUGUUGGUCGAUGUUCCUCGUCUCUGCUUGCGGCCUAGAGGGCGAGAGGACUCUCAGUGGUUUUACAGCAUGGGCAGUGUCGGCGGCAGUGCAGUGGCCGCUUGGCCGAUGGACACUUCCGUGGUUGGCAGCGAGACAUUCCUCUCUCCGAAGCCCGAAGGUCGCAAGUUUUGGCUUCAUUUGCUUCGUGCAGAGGAUUGGGAGGCUUUGACAGUGCAGUGGUGCGGUCCCUUGGAACAGAAGGCGAGAGCCGCCCGGUUCCCUGCUGAUCGCUUCAUUGUGGCGAGAGGAAACCACGAAGCUCUUCCACUGCUACAUUGCGCCGCCCGAAGCGCCUUUUGGUCGCUUCCGAAAACGACCCUCCUGAGCGUGGCGAGACAUCUGGGUGCCGCAGCAUCUUCGGAUCUCCCUCUGGCUGGCGUUCUCGAGGCAUUGGUGAAGCAUAUCUUCCCAGAGAUGAAAGCAGAAGAAGUGGCCCUAAUCCUGCGGCUGCGCUUGCGCAGCUUCGAUGAUUCCCUGGACUUGCUCCAGAACGCGGACGUGGAGGCGGUUUUGGAGAGCAGCGAUGUGAAAGAACUGGACAAAGUCCGUGUUGAAAUGCAGCAGCAACUGAAUGAGGAUGAAGGUCUGCGGGAAGCAGUCCGAAAGCAUUCGAAGUCUGGCACUUCACGGAAGCAGCCAGGUUCAGCGAGAUCCGCUGCCUUCCGCAACUACCCCAAAAAAAUCCCGAAGCCCAGUCAAGCCGAAUGGAACGGCGACAUUGCGCAGUCCUUGCUUCCUCCAGGUGCACGUUUGUUUGAGGACAACCUGAAUCAGAGAUGGUUGCUGAGUAUGGGCAGCGAGUUUAGGAGAUCUCGAAGCUGGGGCCUUUAUGGUUUCAGAACAAGCUCGCUUCUGUGUGCUCAGCUGGCAUGGCAGCGUUGGCAAGAGUCCGGAGGGCAGGAGUGCCCCAUCGCAGAUCUGAUGAACUACCGACCCGGUAGUGAGUGA